AUGUCAUUCCACAUACAUAGAAUUCUUGAAAUCGAACCCCUAGAAUUCAAUAAAGAAAUAAUUGAUCUAACAUCUAAUAACAAUAAUUCACAACACUCUGACCACCAAUCCAACGAAUCACCUCGUCCAGGAAUAUUUCCGUGGAUAAUCUCAGAAAAAAUGCAAACUCUAAUAGAAAAAUUCGAAAAUACUAUUCUAUCUCAAUUUCCAUAUGUUCCUUGUUCUAUUUGCUCCAGACUUAUGUAUCCAGAGAAAUCGAUGUGGAUUCAUCGAAAUCCUAAUACUCUGUAUCCACUUGAAAAUUAUAAAUCACUGGUUGUAAACCCGAUACCACCUGCAAACCGUAUCGCAAUAUGUCACUCAUGCAAGUUAAACCCAACACGCAAUUAUCCACCGUACCUACACCCGAUUCCACCCGAAAUUGAAUCAGUACCAUUAAGAUUACGCAAACACUUGUCCCUUAUCUUUCUCCAUUGUUCUCUGGGUAGAACACCUGGAGCCAAUCCAUUCUCCGAAUACAGAACACUGGUGGGCACUAUGAAUUACUCACAAAACUUUAACUCUCUGAAUUUAUAUUCGGGCUUAUUAGGCGCUUACCUUACCUCUCCAACUUCUACUCAAUCUGCACUUCCUCCCUGGUUUGAAAACUCGCUAAUUAAUGCUACUAAUUGGCUUAAAGAAAAUAAUCCUUACAUACGCUAA